CAGAAAAAGAUGGAGCAUACAGUGACUGUGUAUCCUGCAAAGACCCAGCCCCUGCAGCACCACAACCUCCUGGUCUGCUCUGUGAAUGGUUUCUAUCUGGGCCAUGUUGAAGUCAGGUGGUUCUGGAAAGGCCAGGAAGAGGAGGCUGGGGUGAUCUCCACAGGCCUGAUCCAGAAUAGAGACUGGACUUUCCAGACCAUGGUGAUGCUUGAAACAGUUCCUCAGAGUGGAGAGGUCUAUACCUGCCAACUGGAGCACCCCAGCUGGAGAAGCCCUAUCGUGGUGGAAUGGAGGGCACAGUCUGACUCUGCUCAGAGUAAGAUGAUGAGUGGAACUGGGGGCUUUGCUCUGGGUCUGCUCUUCCUUGUGGUGGGGCUGUUCACCCACUUCAGGAAUCAGAAAGGACACUCUGGACUUCAGCCAACAGUUUUCUGGGAAAUGAGUGCGUUAACAGGUAUUAGAACUGACUUGGGUUUAGGCUUGCUUAUGUCGGUUACCAAGGCAUUUGAGCCACCUCAGUCUAAUGGCCUCCUUGUCACACUCUCAGUCAUCAUUAGGGUAACUCAUUUCACUGUGAAAUUAAGAGGUUGCAAAAUCACAUUUGAAGAAGUUUUUUCUGCUGUUCAUCCUAUUGUUCAUGUUCCCGUUUCUCAAAGCACGAUGAGAUCUCCGAUGUAUUACCGCUUUAGAGUUCCUGUGAAGACCUGUAAGACCCUUGAGAGAACACAGCUCAUCAGGGGGACAACUGAUAACUAUCAGAAGGAAAAUACCCAGAGACUGAAAUAUGCAUCUAGUUAG